GGCAGAAUAACCGGUAAAAGGAAGAAGGCUGGAAUUAAAUCUCAAAUGGAACCGAACUCCAAGAAAUCGAAGAUGUCAAACAACAAAUUUAAGCAGCACAAUAAAAAAUAUUUCCAGGCAAAGAAGCAGCAGGAGCUGCUGCAGGUUGGUCAGCGUGGUUUCUUUGCCACCUGCAACAUCAACGAGAAAGCAUGUGUCCGCGAGUGUUACAACCUGCUCAAUCACUACGCGGACGCUUUAUACGGUCCGGAGAAGGCACCAGAGGAGAAGACUCCGGAUCCCGUAAUUGGCAAAGAUGAUAAAGAAAUUGACGACGACGACGAUGACUUGGAGGCGGCUGCAGCUAAAUGUAAAGAGACUCUCAAACAUCGCAAGAUGAGAUUUCAAAACGUCAGCACAAAGACCAAUAAUUGCAUAUUUAUACGCACUCUUCUGGAUGAUCCCGUCGCCUUGGGUAAACAUAUAGUCAACGAUAUAGCUUCCACAGGGGUAUCCAUGUCUCGUUUUGUAUUGCGCCUGGUACCUAUUGAAACAGUUUGCCGGGCCAAUAUGCCGGACAUUGUCAAUGCAGCUGGUGCUCUGUUUGACAAGCACUUUUUGAAGGAACCUACCAGCUUUGGCAUUAUAUUCAAUCAUCGUUUCAAUCAACAGAUCAAACGUGAUCAAAUCAUCACCCAAUUGGCCGAGCUGGUGAACUCAAAGAAUGUGGGCAACAAAGUGGAUCUACAACAUGCCAAGAAGUCAAUCAUUGUGGAAGUACUUCGAGGAUGGUGUUUGCUUAGCGUGAUAGAUAACUAUUUAGAAUGCAAGAAGUUCAACUUGGCCGAGCUGGCGAAUCCCAAUGGGAAAAAAGAAGCAUCGAGUGAUGAUCCGGAUGCAAAGCUACAAACCGUGCCUGACGACCCAGUCUCAAAAUCUGAUUCACAAGAUGAGGAAUCUUCCUAAACUAACUAAACUUUAACUAAAGAACGUUUAAAUAAAAUAGUCUAGAACUGUAAUUUUCUGUUAAUA